AAGCUCUAAAAAGACAGAUGGGAGCUACUUAAAAUAUAAAUCGGAUUGUUCGAUUCCAAGCACUUCUGAAAACAAAAUAGCAACUGGUUAAUUAAUGAUGCGUAUCAACAUGAUCAACAGAAACUCGCUUGGGUUCUUGGUGUCAAUUAACCUUUCUGUUUUCAAUUGACGCAUGAGUUCAGUGCGCAGUGGUGCGAACGAAACAAGGAACUCAAUUUGACUUUAUCUGCUGCAGCACGGACAAGUUUAAUUAUGAACCGAAGCAUAACCGGAAAAGUUAUGGACGAUUCAAUCUUUCUCGGAGGCAUAAAGCCAAUUCAACCGAAAGGAAGAAAUAAGCGCAUUGUGUUGGGUUUUGCGUUCGUCGCCGUUGCCCUAUUUCUUGUUGGCUUCUUAAUCGGUUACUUCGUCAAGCAACCUGGAAACAAGCCCUGCAGUCGAGCGACUACGGCUGGUGACAAGUCGAACGAGUUCGAAGAGUUCCACGAGUUGUUUAUGGAAACAAUCAAUGCUGAGAGGUUGGAAUCUGUUAUUAGGGAAUUUUCUAAACAGCCUCACAUCGCUGGAUCGCCGAGGCAGCGCGAACUUGCAAAUAAACUUGCUGCAAACUGGACAGCGUUUGGAUUUGACAAAGUAGAAAAACCCCAGUACCAAGUCCUCCUGUCUUUUCCACAACCCGACAAACCCAACAGGGUCACCAUAGUGGAGAGCGAUAAAGUUAUCUACGACAUAACAGGAAAAAUAAAGAUUUCACCCGACCCAAGCAGCUCUGAGACAUUUGACCAUUAUCCUUACUUGGCAUAUUCGCCCAAUGGUACAGUUGAAGCCGAUCUGGUUUAUGCUAACUAUGGGGCAGAUGCGGAUUUUGAAAAACUUGCUGAAAUGAACGUGACGGUUAAAGGAAACAUAGUCAUCAUACGAUCAAGAAGUGUUUCCAAUGCAGAAAAACACGGAGCAAUAGGAGCGCUAGUUUACGCCGACCCAUCCUUUUCUGCUCAGCAAGGAUACGAAGAAAAACAGGUUUAUCCUAAUGGUUGGUGGCUACCACCGAGCGGGGUGCAGGAGGGGACUAUAUUAUUUAGUUCCAACAACGGAGACCCCUUGACGCCGGUCCUUCCUGCUACCAAGGGAAUGUAUCGCAGGCCUGUAAAUGAGAGCGACUUCCCAAAGAUUCCAGCGCAGGCAAUAUCUUAUGGAGAUGCUAUGGAAUUGCUGCGGAGAAUGGGAGGGUUAGAAGCCCCUAAGACAUGGCAAGGUGGUUUAAACAUCACAUACCGCACUGGUCCAGGGUUUCAAAGUGGCAGCGCCAAGCUCAAACUUGAGGUUAACAACCAAUUACACGAGAAAACCAUUUACAACGUGAUCGGCACCAUCUUCGGCAAGGACAAUCCCGAUCGAUAUAUAAUCGUUGGUAAUCAUCGGGACUCCUGGUCUUUCGGUGCCGUGGACGCGCUGAGCGGAACUUCGGUAACCAAUGAAAUGGCCCGAGUGUUGGGCACUCUUUUGAAGAAAGGAUGGAGACCGCGAAGAACGAUAAAAAUCUGCAGCUGGGGCGGAGAAGAGUUCAACUUGAUUGGAUCGCACGAAUGGGUGGAAGAAAAUGCCAACAUUUUGACCGAGCGCGCAGUGGCGUACAUCAACUUGGACAUCGCCGUGUGUGGAGAUUACGUGUUAAGAGCAAGAGGAUCACCUCUUUUUAGACAAAUAACUCACAAAUUGAGUAAACAGAUCAAGGAUCCUAAAAAUACAGAGGGUACGGACACGAUGUAUGACAUCUGGCUGAAAAGGUCGCCUUCCGAUACCAACAGGAAUGAGCCGAUGCUUUACAACCUUUUCUCUGCCAGUGACUAUGUGCCAUUUUAUCAAUACUUAGGAGUGCCCUGCGGUGAUUUUGGCUAUUGGUUUGGGUACGGUGACAGAUCGUCUUUAUAUCCUGCAUAUCACACACAGCAAGACACCUUUUACUGGGUGAAAACGUUCGUUGACCAGAAAUUUGAAAUACACAAAGCUAUGACACAAUUUGCAGGAGGAAUGUUACUGGACCUGGCCGAUGAGCCUCUGCUCCCACUUGAUAUUAUGAACUAUGCACUCGCUUUAAACUUUUCAUUCCACGUUGUCGCUUCGUCUCCGAAGCUCUCAGCUAAUAACAUAUCCCUAUCUACACUUCAGGAAGCUAUAUCCGGGUUUUUAACGGCCAGCCGAAAAUUCGAGUCCAGAAAAUCUGACCCAACGGUAGUUGAAAGACCCUCCGAGUUGCGCACGAUCAAUGACCAAAUGGUUCGAGUGGAGAAGGCUUUUAUCUACCCGUAUGGCCUCCCAGGUUCAAAUCAGGCCCGACACGUGGCUUUCAACUUUGGUUUCCACAAUAUAGAACCAGGAAGAGCUACCUUUCCUGGGGUCACAGAAGCUCUGCACAUGGCAGAGAAAUCUGGAGACUGGGAUCUAGUUAGGCAGCAGUUAUCAAUAGCGGUUUACUGUGUUCAAAGUGCCUCAAGAGUACUGGAACCUUUAACAAGUUAGGGAAGCCCAAGACAGGAUUUAGUGGCGGAUCCAGACCCUGAGCUAAAGGGGGAAGGGGAGGGGGGGAUUGUUCUGCUUGCCCUGCCGGUUUUUCUUCCUUCUGCGAUUUUUUUUAACCCAAAAUAAGGGGCGGGACGGGGACUGGGCCCCUACGGGCCCUCCCCUAGAUCCGCCCCUGGGAUUUGCAUCCAAAGUCAAAUUUUCACAGUAACGUCAAUUACUAUCUCAACAGUUACCUCCACACAGAAAAGUUAGGGUCUUAGCUCAGUUUAUUCCGUUUUUUGGUGGCACAAGGGAUUGAGCCAGGAAAAUUGGAUUGUUUCUUUCUCGAAUAUUUGAGAAUCUAAAAGUAGGAUAACUUGUAUUAUAUUCCAUGCUCUUAGAUGAAGGAAUAGAUCGCGGCGGGCGGAUGGGUACGUCGUUUUUAUUUCGCUUUUCCUCUUUCGCUGUUAUGGAUUGGCUUCAAUAUAACAUGUUUCCUUGUUUCUAUUUCUCAACAAAGACAGACGCAUUCAAUGUAAUGAUCGUCCAGUCUAGUUCAAUCUGGAGACUGCAGUUCACAGUUCCCUCUCAACAACUGAUAAAUUUGUUUUUAACGUCGUAAAAAUGUAUAUCUUGGUACGAACGUUUCCACCCAUCACGAAAACGUCAAAUAUUAUAAGAACAUAUUUUAUUCCCUUGUAUACAUUCGAACAAACAUUUUAUUCUUUAUACGAGAAAUUAAUUAGGUAUUACAUGUAAAGCGAACGCGUACGUGCUGAUACAGGAUAAGAAAAUAGUGUGAAAACCGCGUUGGAAACUGAGAAUAGUACAUAAAAAAACCAGUGAUUGCAAACUACAAUUUUAAUAAAGAUUUUCUACACCAGAUUUAGAUUGUACAACUGUACAUCAUUGUUGUUCAUUGGCUACAAACUACUGUGGAUAGCAACGCUGUUACAUUGAGCUUAUUUUAUCAAACUGAGGCCCAAGGAGGGGUUAUGGGAAUAUGGCCUCCAAGCUUUAUCAAAAUAUUAUACACACCUUUUUAUAUUACAACGGUUAAGGAAGUGUCUGCCCUAAAUUAAGCAACGCUUGCCUCUGGUGAGUGCAUAUUAACUCGUUUAAGCUAUCUACCAUUACCUAUACUAAUACGUAUGCACUUGGUACAAAUGCACCUUAAAUUAAUCUCCAUGUCCUACGAAAAAACCUGAAAACCACCGACAAUUACCGACGAAAUCCGUAGUUACUAGACUGGUCGGUUUUAAGAUGUCCAUGUAACCAUCACUGAGAUGAGACUUGACUGUGGCAAUUGACCAUUUCCAAGUUGCGCAGGGAACUGAGGUGAGUUUCAAAUUUUAACCAAUCGAUAAACUGACACUAUCACAUGAAAGAGCACGUUGAGAUUAGUCAUUUGACCAAGUUUGAUGCUUUUAGGGUGAACAGAGACCAAGUUAUGGACCUUGAAUGUGGUUCAACAUCCAUACAAGGGUCUCUAAUUUUGAGACAGCGUCCACCAAAACUCAUGAACUCUUAAAAUUUUUAUCAGUUCUGUGACAACUGCAAAGUCCCGUCAUGCACCGACCACAUGUAUAUGGAAUAACCUGAGAUGAAAAUAACUGUGCCCAUUUUCAAGAGUAUUAGAGAUUAAUGCUUAGAGCUUAACCACAACAAAACCAAAACCAACUAACAUAAUGCCUUCCUAUAUAUUUAACUUAGCUUAUCGAUACUUGAACCGUGGAAGGUCAAAGGAACACAGCAGCAGCAAACUUUAAAAAA